AUGUUCGAAUCAAGAGGAUACCAACACACUACACUUCGUCUUUUCCGCUCAGCGAUUGCGCACUUGCAUCACAAUCCUGAUAGUAUUCGAACGAGUAAAUUGGUACAUACUCUCUUGCAUUCCAUUACAGCCAAAGCUCCCCCAAAGCCUCUACACCGCCCAACAGUCAACCUACGGUCAACCCUUAAGGCAAUACAACAAAUUGAAUCCGGUGCAUCCUCGACACACUUAUCCCAAAUACAACAAAAGCUCGCGUUUUUGCUGGGUAUGACUGCCUUCUUACGACCAUCUGAUCUCCAUCAUAUUGAUUUCACCACUGCCAGUGUUACUGAAGGAAACAAUCAACGCUUUCUUUCGUUUAAUGUCGUGGCGUCUAAAGAAAAACGUGGUGGUCAACGCAUUAUCAAACCCUUUCGUGUCUCUUGUUAUGCCAACCCAAAUUUGUGUCCUAUAACCACGCUCGUUCAUCUACGUACCCGAGUUUCCCAGCUAUCCCCUCCACCUUCAGUUGCUUCUCUAUUCGUCAACACCCUCCGUUCUGGUAUCCCUGUUGAAGAUAUUGUCACACUCGGCAACUGGUCCUCCUCAGAUGUUUUUCACAACCACUAUCGACGAGAACACUUAUCAUUGAUAGACUUUACAAACACUGUAUUACAGGAUCCAAUAGAAGACUAG